AUGUCUAUGUCGUCAACUCAAAGUUUCAAAUGUAUGUCUUGGAAUAUUGGUGGAGCUGGGAGCGCCUCCUCUGCCAGAGCGCUCAAGUUCCUUGUCAUGAAUUACAGACCUGACUUCCUUUUUAUCUUGGAACCGCAGAUAAGUGGCGAUUCAGCAGAUAAGGUGUGCGGGAGGCUGGGGUUCUCCAAUGUUAUGCGUGUUGAAGCCGAGGGGAGGAAGGGAGGCAUAUGGCUUUGCUGGAAUGCCUCUGAUUUUCAGCUCCAAGUGCUCUCCGCCUGCUCCCAGCACCUUUCAGUGGUGGUCACUGCUCGUUCAGCCCAGAAAUGGCUCCUCACAGCCAUCUACGCUAGUCCGCGGCCCUCCCAACAGCGUUCUCUUUGGCAAACUCUUCUUCACACCAGCCUUACCAAUGAUCUUCCUUGGCUGCUGUCUGGAGACUUUAAUGCCAUUAGAACGCCAGAGGAGAGAAUGGGCACUCCCUCGGAUGCCACUUUUCGCAGAUGUAAAACCUUUAAUGACAGGAUUAACCUAACUGAGCUUAUUGAUUUGGGUUUUACAGGGCCUCGCUUCACCUGGACUAGGGGAGACAAUAUCAACUCGGUCAAAGCGAGUCGGAUUGAUAGAAGCCUCUGCAAUGCCCUGUGGAAUGCCACCUACCCAAACACUACAGUCAAGCACCUGCCUCGCCUACAGUCAGACCAUCAUCCUAUCCUUACCUCGACUGGAAUUCAGGGAGUUCAAUCUAAUCUGAUUCGUCCUUUCCGUUUUGAGGCCGCCUGGCUUACUAACCAGGACUUUGAUAAUCAGGUGGAAGGUGCUUGGAAUCUUCAAGCUCCUCUUCCUGCUGCUCUGGCAGAGCUCGCUACUAGCCUCAAUCACUGGAACAGCUCAGUCUUUGGCAACAUUCUCCGCAAGAAAAGACGCCUUCUAGCUCGCAUUCAGGGCAUUCAGGAAAGGGUGGCUAGCAGCUUCUCUCCCGGCCUUUACAAACUUCAAGCCAAGCUAGAGAAGGAACUUGAGGAGGUGCUCGAGCAGGAGGAGCUGCUGUGGUUCCAAAGAUCGAGAGAGAAGUGGGUCCAACAGGGGGAACGCAACACUGGCUACUUUCAUCAACAAGCCAUCAUUCGCAGACGCAGGAAUAAAAUUGACAGUCUCAGGAACACCAAUGGCGAGUGGGUAAGCGAUCCCCAGGAGUUAGCUAUGUUGAUUUUUGACUUCUUUGCUUCCUUGUAUCUCCAGGAUAUCGCUGAUUACGAGGACUUGAUGCCAAAGUCAGCCUUCCCGCGACUCAGUCAUGAGGAGUUGGCAGCGCUUCUGCGACCUUUUAGGGGGGAGGACAUCCACCAAGCUGUUCAUGGGAUGAAGCCUUUUCAAGCCCCGGGCCCCGAUGGAUUUCAUGCUGCCUUCUAUCAGAGAUCCUGGAGGGUGGUGGGGAGAGCCCUCAUUGACAUGGCUUUGGAGUUUUUUACUACAGGGAGUCUCCCGGAGGGUGUCACCGACUCUACUGUGGUUCUCAUCCCCAAAGUCGAACAUCCAGAGAUGGCCUCACAGCUCCGUCCGAUCUCUCUCAAUAAUGUGUGUCUCAAAGCCAUCACGAAGGCGAUCACCAAUCGGCUGAAGCCUAUCAUGAGAAAGUUGGUCUCCCCGCGGCAGAGCAGCUUCAUUCCAGGGAGACAAACUACAGACAACAUUAUUGUUUUGCAGGAGGUAUUGCACACCCUCAGGAAGAAGAAAGGGAAGAAGGGGGGAAUAGUGAUGAAGAUUGAUUUGGAGAAAGCCUACGACCGGCUUCGUUGGGACUUCCUGAGAGACACUCUCAAGGAAAUCGGGCUUCCUAGCUCCUGGAUUAGCUGCAUUAUGUACUGUGUGGAAAACAACAAGAUGAGAUUGUUGUGGAACGGAGACCUCUCUCAAACCAUCACCCCGACUAGGGGGGUCAGACAGGGAGAUCCCCUCUCACCCUAUCUCUUUGUUUUGUGUAUGGAGAGACUUUCCCACAGAAUUGACCGGGCCAUCCAGGAGAAGCAAUGGAAACCCCUAAGACUUUCUCCGGGUGGCCCAACCCUUUCUCACCUUUUUUUUGCAGAUGAUCUAGUGUUGUUUGCGGAAUCAGACGCUUCUCAGAUAAGGAUCAUAAAGCAAUGCCUUGAUGAGUUCUGCAGCAGCUCGGGUCAAAGAGUGAACUACCACAAGUCAGCCAUGUUUGUCUCCGCCAACAUCCCUAGGCGCAGAGCUAGGGCGCUCAGUGAGCGGAUGGAGAUCCCUCUCACGGUGGACCUGGGGAGAUAUCUGGGAGUAAUGGCCAUCCAUGGACGUGUCAAGCGGGGCCGAUACCAGGACCUUAUCAUCAAGAUCCAGAGAAAACUAGCUCCGUGGAAAGCUAAGCACCUUUCCAUAGCAGCUCGUAUCACUCUUGUUAAAGCAGUUACUUCCUCUAUUCCCAUUUACCCCAUGCAGGUGGAGCUUCUUCCAAAGACUGUUUGCAAGACUCUUGACCAAAUCAAUCGGGGGUUCUUGUGGGGGGAAUCGGAAGGGAAGAAGAAACUUCACCUCGUUGGUUGGGCCCAGUUGACUCAACCGAAAGACAAGGGUGGGCUCGGAAUUCGCCCAGCCAGGGAGGUCAAUUUGGCCAUGCUGGCUAAAUGCGGAUGGCGGUUGAUGACUGAAAAGCAGACUCUUUGGGCUCAGCUAAUGAGGAGCAAGUACGGGAAAGAUAGGGCCAACUUGGAUCUCAUCAAACCAAAAAAGGGAAGUUCCUUUACCUGGAACAGUAUCUCCAAAACUGAAAGCUUGCUGAGAAGCGGCUGUGCUUGGAAUAUUCAUAAGGGAACGCUAACCCGCUUCUGGUCUGAUGUUUGGAUUGAGCAGGUACCUCUAGAGGAGCUAGCCACUGGGCCGAUUCCUGAGGAGGAUAGGAAUGCCAGGAUCUCAGCUUUCGUGGACGAGGAGGGGACUUGGCGUACGGAGAAAUUCAGCAACAUUCUUCCCGCGGAAAUUAUUCACCGCAUCACAGCGGUGGCAGUGGACCCGAUGGCUCCAAAUGACGACACUCUUUUUUGGCACCCUACCUCCGAUGGACGGUUCUCAACAAAGAGCGCUUUCCACCUCCUCCAGGUGCAGACUGACAAUGGGCAGAGCAAAACCUGGAAAGAAAUUUGGAAGCUAGAAGUCCCGGAACGAGUUCGCUGCUUCAUGUGGCUAGUUGCCCACAACAGGAUUAGCUCAAAUGAGCAGCGAGCGAAGCGGCAUAUUUCAGUGACGUCUGGCUGUUUCAGGUGCGAGAAUCAGGUGGAGUCUACCUUGCAUAUCCUCAGAGAUUGUCCCCCAGCUGCUUUUGUCUGGAUGCGCACGGUACCUGCAGAUCAACAUCAAGCCUUCUUCAGCAUGGACUUGGACCUCUGGCUCGCCACCAACCUGCAGAAGACCGAUAGGUAUGUGGAGGAUACACCUUGGAAUGCCUUUUUCAGUAUUGCCAUCUGGAACCUUUGGAAAAACAGGAACGAAGGCGCUUUCAGAGGAAUCGAGAAGACUCUAUCACCGCCAUCCCUCGUCCAAGCUAUUAGGAUCAAAGCAGGCAUUUGGUACAAGGCGUGGACGGCUCCGAGGGACAGCUUGGGACACAGAAGUGCGCCGACUCAACGGGUGACCAAGGAUAUCAGCUGGAUCCCUCCCCCUCUGGGAUGGUGCAAGCUUAAUGUGGAUGGGGCCGCCAAUGGUACUCACGGACCUGCGGGAGCGGGUGGUAUCUUGAGAGAUCACCAGGGGAGAUGGAGGCGUGGUUUCAUUGUUAAUAUGGGGACCUGCUCGGCGAUUCAAGCGGAGCUCUGGGGAAUUUUCCAUGGGCUCGGUUUGGCUUGGCAGAAUGGUAGCAGAACCUUGAUUGUUGAGACUGAUUCCCAACUUGCUCUCCAACUCAUCGAGAAGAGGAAGGACCCUGUUCACCCGCUUGCAACACUUUUGACGGCAAUCAGACGAAGACUAGCCCAAGACUGGGUGGUGCGUCUUUGCCAUACUUACCGGGAGGGGAAUAGAGUCGCGGACUGGCUCUCGAAGCACAGUCUCGUCUAUCCCUAUGGGAAGUAUGAAUUAGACACACCCCCGGAAGCUCUUCAGGCCAUUAUUGGAGAUGAUAUGAGAGGGCAAUCUUUCCCUAGGAAUGUGGUGUUGGAAACUCCAGAGACCCAUACCUUGUUGUAA